CCUAUUCUUUUGCCUUCAGGGGGGGUGUUGGCCUACAGCUGUCAGUCGAUGCCACCAGCCGGUUCCUUGGCCACAACUAGCGACCCUCACACAAGGGCAACUGGACCAACUUCGCACCUACACUCGAACCACCAUAAUCAACAUCAAUACCAGCAGCAUGUCCUGCGUACAGCAGAUGCAACCAUUUCCGAUUCAGAGCGUUUUCCGCGCUUCCGGGCCGAAAUAGCGCAUAACUUGCAGCCCAAGCAGCUAGCCAUACAUUUAAUGAUGUAUGCAGAAAACACAAUGACAAACUGGGGACUGAUAUAA